AUGCAGAGUUUUCCAAGAAAAUGGUCGUCAUCCUAUCUAUUCACAGAAGUGAAUGGGAAACCUGUGUGUUUGGUAUGUUCACAGCAGGUUUCAGUGCUGAAAGAAUAUAACCUUCGACGCCAGUUUGAGACUGAAAAAUACAAAAACUUGCAAGGGCAGCAGAGACUAGAGAAGGUAAAUGAACUUUUGAUGGCUCUGAAGAAGCAGCAGUCUGUGUUUUCUCGUAGCCGAGAAAUAAGUGAUACUGCAGUGAAAGCCAACUACCUUAUUGCUAAUGAAAUUAAACUGGCUUCAAAACCGUUUAGUGAGGGUGAAUUUGUGAAGACAUGCAUGCUGAAGGCUGCAGAGACUGUGUGCCCUGAAAAGCGUCAGGCUUUUGCAAAUAUCAGCCUGACAAGAAACACAGUUGCAGACAGGAUUUCUGAUCUUGCGGAGGAUUUAGACAGUCAAUUGAAGCGCAAAGUAAAGUCAUUUAUUGCGUUUUCAGUUGCAAUCGAUGAAAGCACGGACAUUACAGAUGUUCCGCAACUGGCGAUAUUCAUCCGCGGAGUUGAUGACAUUUUGACCGCCACCGAGGAGUUCGUGGAGUUGGUGCCAAUGACGGACACCACAACAGCAGCUGAUAUUUUCACCGCCCUCGUCGGAGCGCUGGACAGGGUUGAAGUGGACUGGUCUCGCGCUGUCAGCCUGGCUACAGAUGGUGCACCUUCAAUGACCGGGAGAAAAGCAGGUGUUGGGACAAAAUUCAGAGAGAAGGUGCAGGCAUUUAUGGUGGAUGUGCGUUCAAAUUGA